GGUAUGUUUGCGGACCGCCGUAAUUCCACAGAAGAAGAAGGUGAAAAAUCAUCACGACGCCAUUUCAGAAGUCAUUCAUUGGCGGCUGAAUUCAUAGUUCAGGAAUAACAACAUUCUGAUUUGAAGAUGGUGAAAAUCUUCAUAGGCAAUCUCGCCUCCGGAACCACGCAGGAGGAGCUACGCACUCUCUUCUCUGAGUAUGGAAAGAUAUCUGAGUGUGAUAUUGUCAAGAACUUUGGCUUUGUGCACAUGAAGGACAAAGCUGAAGCGGAGGAGGCCAUCAAGAACCUCCACCACUAUGAGCUAAACGGGGCUCAGAUGAACGUGGAGAUGAGCCGCGGCAGACCAAAGUCAACCACCAAGCUGCAUGUCAGUAACAUCCCAGAGGGUUGCACCAAUGAGGAGCUGAAGACCAAGUUUGAGGCUUAUGGCCCUGUGGUUGAGGCUGACAUAGUGAAGGACUACGCCUUUGUCCACAUGGAGUCUGUGGAUGAUGCCAUGGAGGCCAUCAGUGGGCUGGACAACACAGCCUUCCAAGGCAAGCUGAUGAGCGUACAACUGUCCACCAGUCGCCUGCGCACGGUCCCGGGAAUGGGAGCUCAAACCGGCUGCUAUGUCUGUGGGAAACAGGGUCACUGGUCGAAAGACUGCCCUAACGGCGGUCAGAAUGGCGGUAGCUACAGUGACCGCGAUGACCGACCCGGGGGUGGCCCAAUGAGGGGCCGCGGCAGGGGCUUCCCACGGGGUUUCAGCAGGGGUGGCGGCGGAUACCCUAGUGGCUACGGGAUGCCCCCCAGAGCUGCGGCAUCCGACUACAUGGGCGGGCUAGGGUAUAGCAGAGCGUCCAGUUACCUGGGGGGGCCUCCCCCUCUGAGCCGUAGGCCUAGCUAUGGCUCUGCUCGGGAGUACAGCGCAGAUGCCAGGGAUCGGUACAGCGGCAGGCUUCCGAGCUCCUAUCCUGAAAGGGCAUCGGCCUACGAGCGAGACCACUACAGCAGCAGUGUUGACUAUUACGAGAAGUACAGAGCACGGCCAUACGGCUCAAGCUAUUUUGAAGAGCGCCGCCUCGGCUAUAUCCCACCUCCCCCUCCCCCCUCUUCCUCCCUCUCAAGGCUCUCCUCUAGUAUCGACCCGUACGAGCGCCGCCCGCUACCACCACCCUCGGCGGCCGCCUCGUACUACUUGCGAGACCGCAGCCCGAUCAGACGAGUGGCCGUCGCCUCUGACAGCUAUGGUUACGAGCGCUCGCGGCUGUCCCCGGUGUCGUCCUCCAGAAGCUCUUCGUACGCCGUCCCGCGGGCCAGGGACCCCUACACCGAUCGGGCACGCUAUGCUUACUGAGCCACACACUGCCAAGGUGUGUAUGAAAUGCCGGACUUUUCCUUUGCUACCAUUCCUCCUCCCAGCUGCAUGGUUCCAUCGAGCUGUGCCGCAAACAAACCUUUCGCGACUCGGAAUGUGGUGACGCGAGAGUGACGCGGACGGAAAUUGGCGUGUGCAUCUUCCUGGCACCGGUGCCGGCAGACGAAUAAUCCUCUCAACUAACCAAUCAGUCCACACCACUCCACAUUCUUCCUUUAUUUUAGUUGUCAGUUACAACGCCUGUUUGCUAUCGAAAACCACCAGUGUGGCAUUUCUACAGUUUGAUGUUAAUACUAGCUUAAUUAUACCGGCUUUCAAAUCGCUUUGUUAGUUUGUGUGGGUCAUGUUUUUUGGGGGGGAUUUUAAAUGUGUUUUUUCCUCUCCCCCUUGUGAUUUAAAAUCGUCAAAGCAAAUUGGCCUCUGAAUUUGCCACAUUUUUUACUUGUCGGAUUGAGGUGACCGUAGUUUAGAGAAAUAUUUAUCCUUUUUGAGAAAUAUCUUUUCAUUUAAUUGGUUUCUUCAACUAUUCAUUUAAAACUUCAUGCCGUGUAUAGCGCAGUAGUCAUUUAACAUUUUUUUCCCCUAUUUAAAUGUUUUCCCCCUGGGAAAGCAAUGUAAGAAUAGGCGGGUAUGAAUAUUCCCCAGAACAAUCUGUGAAAUUCAUCCACUGGAUUUUAUAACUUUCAUUUUGUUAAAGGAGGAUGUUCUACUUAGUGUAGAGGAGAUCCUGUUGUCAUACUGCUUUUGCUAUCUUGAGUUAAUAUCAUUGAGAUAGAGGACUCAUCUUUGCAUCUGUGCCAUUAUAGCAUUUGUGGCCGCAUGGGUAGCGCCAUUGAGACAUCCAUUUUGAGGUAGUCAAUUCUCUACACAAUUGGCUGUUCCCUCCUGAUGACCUGGUUGGACACGACACCAGGAGGGAUCAACCAAUGAAGUUGGAAGUCCCACCCAGUUGUCUAUAUUAAAAUGGUGGAAGCCCUCUAUGGUGCUGCCCAUACCAGUACAGCUUUUGGCCACUAGAGGCCUCAAUCAUUCUUUGGUUAAUAUCUGCUGUCACAACAUUGUCAUUAUCCCAAGACAACAUUCCAGCUUUAGAAUUAUUUUGGGUGUGUUUGCAGGGCUAAAAACAGUUUGCGUUUCCUAACCAAAAUAAGCAAUCGGUUGGUACUCAUUGGAAAAGUGCAUGUUUAAUACACUUCCAAGAGUAACUAUUUUUGCAUGAUUAGGAUGGUCCAGUCUGAAAUUCAAAUUUAAGAGGCUUGUUUCAACAAUCUAAAUAUUGUUUCUAACAAACCAAGCUUUAAUAAUCCAAAAUUGUCCUCUAUUAAUGUAAUAUUUAUUUCUAGACACAAACAUGUUGAAUACAGUAAAUAACAUGAGCAUAACUGGCAUUGCUAUCAAAUCAAACUUUGUCACAUGCGCCGAAUACAACAAAUGUAGACCUUACGGUGAAAUGCUUACUUACAUGACAUUACCAUUGAGAUAUAAUGGGCUCUAGUCUGAUCACUUUCUUGGGGUGCCUUAGUCUGCGUUUUGAUGGGCAGCCCUAUUCUGAUAUACAAAAAGAGCUGUGAUUGGUCAAAGACAAAUUUGUGGGGAAAUUAUCAGAAUUGGGCGGCCUGUCUAAACAGAGCAUCUGUCUGCUCAGUUCUUAUGGCAAUUGUUGUAGUUGGUAUAUUUCCUACAGUCAAAGCGUGUACGUUUUAUGCAUUUUAUUUUUUAAUAAACCAAAAUGUAUUUUGGUGAGAA